AUGGCGACAAUGGAUAUGGGUUUCCUGCCCACCAUCACAUGUUCCAACUGUGGAAAUAAUGUUGAAAUCUCGGCCAUGGGCGACCAUGUCUGCGCCCCUAUUGAUCAUGGCCUGCCUUUGAUGGGAGCUACGACACACGAUACUACCCCGUCCAUUCUCGACCCCUCCCACGCAACUUCCAAUGCCUCAGUCCCUCCUUCACCACCCCCCUCUGCAGGGCUGGACGCUCCAGACCAGUUGACCGUGGCUAUGGCAGCUAAAUCCGGUCGGCUUGGAGCGCCCCCUCGCAUCGACCCUUGGAUCGCCAAUCGCGCGUUCCUGCAACCGACUGUGCCUACGCCGGCGAGUAGUGUUGGGUCGUAUCUGCCAUCCCCCCUUUCAAUUCACUCGGCACCUCGAUCUCCAAUGCACUUGCCAGUUACCAACACCCAGAUAUCUCCCGAUGACGAGUCAGUGCUCGACCUAGAUACAGUAUUCUCCUUUCCCAUGCCUGGUAGCCGGUCUCCAGCUCUCGUUGGAACACCCACGAUGAAAUUUGAGCCUCCAGCAAGGUCUCCAGCACGGUCUCCAGCACGCCCAGUUCCGACUCCAUCCCCGCGACUUGGAUUAGAUCUGGUUCCGGAGAACAUUCAGCUGCCACCUAGUCCUCUUCCACCUCCAACAGAGUCAGCGCAGGUAGGCCAUAAUCGAGGUGAUUCAAUGGCUAGCCAUAGUAGCUACCGCACCUCGGUAGCCAGCACUCGCUACGAAGGCUCAACCGCCCGAUCAUCUACUCAUAGCUUCUCUCGGGGACUGCGCUCGUUCAUGGACGACACCCCGCCCAUGCCCCCGGCGCCGCUUCGCACGCCAAACGAGGCAUCGUUCUCAGACUCGACUUCGAACUUGUCAGUCAGCCCUCCCUCUCGGGACGACCGCGGGGAGAGCUAUAGUGGAUUUAAUUUUGGCAUCUCGCCAGCUCAUACCCCUACGGGGCUACAUGACCUCCCGGAAGAAAGCUCUCCUGAUCCAAUUGCGAUCGAUCAAGAGCGCAAAUAUCUCGCCUAUUCACCGACCCACUUGCAUCCAGCCAAUGCGGAAUCCGGAAGUGAUGCACCGAGGAGGGCUUCUGACGCGACGAGCGAAAGUGCUAUCUCAAUUACCAAUUUCGCCCGUGCUUUGGGUUUGGACGAUCAUCUUCGUGACAAGGCAGACUUUGAUAAGCAAGAGGGCUCCACGUCUUCCGAGUCUUCUCCAUCUGAUACUCGUAGUGGAAGUUCCAGCGGGAGUUCCAUGUCCAGCCUACCAUCUGAUACCAACCUGAACCGGCAUAAAAUCUCCGAUCCUCUCAAUCUGGGUCCUUUGGUCGAAGAACUGCCACCACGAACACGACAGACCAUUUUGGAGCUGCCGGGUCGCAUCCGCAUGACAAUGGACGAAGUGCCUCCGAUCCCUGCGGCUUUCUUCAGCCCUGAUUCUCCGACUGAUCCGGCGAUUGGCCAAGGUAGUCUGUCGCUGAUUGCUGAGAGGCGCGAGGAGGCGCUUCGCCCGCAGCGGCUGCAACAACCACAGCAACAAGACGAACAACAAGAUCUCCCUUCACCUCGGCGUCCGAUACAACGGUCUGCGACGGAACCGAUUCCUCGUCCUCCAACUCGCUCCGGAAAUCGUUCCAAGGGUAACUGCAAGGGUUGCGGCGAGGAAAUCACUGGCAAAUCUAUUUCCUCCUCUGACGGCCGUCUGACUGGUCGAUACCACCGUGGAUGCUUUGUCUGCUUUGAAUGCCACUCGCCCUUCCCAUCGGCCGAUUUCUACGUCUUGAACAACCGGCCGUAUUGCGCGCAGCACUACCAUGAGCGUAACGGCUCCCUGUGCGGUACCUGUCACAACGGCAUCGAGGGCCAGUACCUCGAGACGGUGGAACGUAAUGGCGCACGUCCCGAACGACGCCGCUUCCACCUUGAAUGUCUUCAAUGCCGAACGUGUCACGUCUUGCUCAAGGGAGACUAUUUCGAGUGGAACGGCGAAGUCUACUGCGAGCAGGAUGCCCGCCGUGCUGCGAAUGCCUAUCACCAACCACCUAGACCAGGACCUCCUGGACCGCCUGGACCGCCCGGAUCCCGAAGACCUCCCGGCCCACCGGGUCCACCAGGUCGUCGCCGACCCACGAUCGGCUCUUCGCCUCUGGCUCAAUCUCGUGCCUAUCCCCCUCCAGCCGGAUACAGACCUCCUCCCUCUCCGGCCCCAAGCAACGGGGGUCUUCGCUCUGGCCCUCGUUUCCCAUCUGGAGGUGCUAGGCGUUUCCCCGAGCGGAGAACCACCAAGCUCAUGAUGAUUUGA